AUGGACGGUGCUUGGAAACUCUUAGCUAAGUCCCGGGAAGUGCUUGGAAAAGCUAAGGGGGCAGUGACCGAUGCUGUAAGAGCUGCAGCAGCAGCAGCAGGGAGAGGAGAGGAGUACUUAAGUGGCAGUGGUGGUAUUGACGAUCUGGAUACAAGUGGUGGCGGUGGUAGCACCACCACCGUUUCCUCUCCAUCCCCAGCACCAGCAGUAAGAGUCUCAGGGGGCUCGUUGAGAAAGCUCCAAGCGGCAACUGCUGUGGGUGAUGGUUCCGUCUGGUUUGGGUUCAGGUCCGGCGCGCUGGUUCGGAUCGACAGGUUCGGGGCGAGAAUGCAGGAGGUGGGGUUGGAUGCGGGAGUGUGCUGUCUCUGUGUUGUGGGGUUGAGGCUUUGGGUGGGGAUGGCGGAUGGGGGGAUAGUAGUGCUUGGGGCGAGGAAUGGAAGGAGAUUAGGACUUGUCAUCCCUGGUGGCAGUAUUAGCAGCAGUAGUAGCGGCAGUGGUGCCGCCGCUGACAGUAGCAGCUACAGUACCUCCACAACAACGGUGGGCCAGUUUGUCCUAUCCGUCGCAAAAAAUGGCGAAGUUUCAGCUUGGCCCUCCACCCUCCCCUCGCCGCCCCUGGAAUCCGCACUACACGCCGCCCUCGCCGCCCACUCCCAGGCAUUCACUAAAAGACGAAAGCUGCAAGUGGCAACUGGAACAUGGAACGUGGGGGAGGAGAAACCCGACGGGGAGACUGUCCAGGCUUGGCUGGGGGAGGUGGCUAGAGGGGCGGAUGUGGUUGCAGUGGGGCUGCAAGAGGUUGAGAUGGGUGCAAGGGCCAUUGCCCUUGCUGCAGCGAAGGAAUCGGUCGGGAUGGGUUUGCAGGAGAAAGAGAGCGGUGCUGCGCAGGAGUGGACUGCGGUUAUUCGGAAGGCCCUUGGUGCUGCUGGUUCUGCUGCUGGGGGUGGUUCUUCUGCUGGUUCUGCUGGUGCUUCUGCUGGUGGUUCUUCUGGUCUUACUGUUUCCUCUGACCCUUCCUCUCUCUCUGCCUCCUCCUCUUCCUCCUCUUCUGCUGCUGCCUGUGCGGAUGAUGGUUUUGUGCGAAUCGCGUCGCGACAGUUGGCCGGCAUGCUGCUGACUGUGUGGGUGCGAGAGUCUCUCCUUCCGGAUAUAUCUGACGUUGAGACGGGAGCCGUGGCGUGCGGUUUCGGCCGAGCGCUUGGCAACAAGGGAGGGGUGGGCGUGCGCAUGACAAUAUGCGGGCGCGUCUGCGCAAUCAUCAACUGCCACCUGGCAGCACACGACAACGCGACAGCUAAGCGCAACGAGGACUGGCAUCGCAUUUACACGAGCAUGGAGUUUGGACGAUCUAUGGGUACCGUGGGCACUGCUGCCACCAAUGCAGCUAAAGCCGCUGGAGCUGGCUUCCAAUCGGCUGUUCAAGGUUUUGUGAAGGCUGCAGGGAGGGGCGUGGGGGGGGCGGCAGGGGCGGCAGGCUUUGUCCCCAUCUCCAGCACUCAAGGCACCGACGUGUCGGGCUCUGAUUGGCCAAACGCUGCAGCUGGUAUCAACAGCAGCUCCAGCAUUGGAAGCGUUGAUUCAUAUGCUGAGAGCGAUCUGCUCAUUUGGAUGGGCGAUUUGAACUACCGCCUUGACGGGAGCGACCUGCUCAUUUGGAUGGGCGACUUGAACUACCGCCUCGACGGGUGUUCAUACGACGAGGCAUGCAGCGCCAUUGCAAGGAGGCGGUACCCGCUGCUGCUGGAGUGUGAUCAGCUGAGGGCGGAGAUGAAGGCAGGGAGGGCGUUUGUGGGCAUGCAGGAGGGAAAGGUUGACUUUGCCCCGACCUACAAGUUUGAUCGUGGGACGUUCAACCCCCUGGGUGAGUGUUUUUUCUGCUUGUUGAAAGGGGAGAUGAAGGCCGGGAGGGAGUUUGUGGGUAUGCAGGAGGGGGUGGUUGACUUUACACCGACCUACAAGUUCGACCGUGGGACGUUCAACCCUCUCGGUGGGUGUCUGUUCUGGUUUCUCCUGGUGUUUUCCCUCCCUUCUUCUCAGACCCCUCUAAUCCCUCCAAUUUCCAUCCAUCCCAUGCCAAUCGUCCCUCCCCAUCCCUCCCAGUGUAUGAUUUCCGCGUAUGAUUCCGGUGAGAAGCGAAGGGUCCCUGCCUGGUGCGACCGCAUCCUCUUUAGAGACAGCUUCACUAGCAGCAGCGGCGCAUCCCAGAGUGGUGAAACAAGCAGGAUCGAUUCGUCAGGCCCGAUACGGGAUGGUAGCGGUGGCAACACUGGUGUGGCCAAGGGGAGAACCUCUCUCUCCCACCCUGUUUCAGUCGAAGUUCUACGCUACACAUCCUGCAUGGCGGCCUUUCAGAGCGAUCACAAGCCCGUCACUUCCCUUAUGCAAGUCACAGUUGCCUGCCCUGACGCUGCUGCUCAGAGAUCCCUGGUUACCCGCCUCCUCGCUUCUCCACUCCUCUCCACCCCUCUCUCCUCCACUAGCACCACUAGCUCCGCCACCCCCACCCCUGCCACUGACCUCCUCUCUUUAGCUCCUGGAGGUAACCUCUCCCCUGCUGUCUCUUCCUUUGAAACUCCCCCUCUUGCCUCUCCUCUAGCCUCCCCUCUCUCCUCCCCUCUUGAGGCGCCACAAGAAUCAUAUCCCCCUCUCAGCUCGCUGCUACGGCAAAUGGCAGCAUCCCAACGCUCCUCUCUCCUUCCAUCGAGCACUUUUGUGAGAAUAGACCUGGCUUCGGGAAGAGCUUCGGUCAUGGUGAGCAAUAAGGGUGAGAAGAGCACAGGGCAUCCGAUGGGGUUUAGAGUGGUCUGCGAGGGUGAGGGUGGGUUGAAGGAGGAGGAGGUGGUGGAGGGACGGAAGGACGGGGAGAAGAGGAUGGGAGGAUCUGGUACUGGAAAUGACAUUGGGGUGACUACAGGUGGAGAUGUGAUUACAAUGGAAGAAGGGUUGAGAUGCGAUUGGCCUAUUUGGCUGCAGGUGCAACCUGGUUCAGGUGUUAUCCCGCCUGGGGAAUCCGCUACAGUGGAAUUCACCCUUAGACACUCAGAAGGCGUAGCAGCGGCGGAGCAAAGCAAAGAAGGCAUGAAGCCUGGUAGUGGGGUCGGCACGCCGCUACAUGACACAACAGGUCCCUCCAAUGGCUGUGUCCUUGUAAUGGGAGUGACCACAUGGGGACCCACAGCGUUGACUCUGAGGACGCAUAGAUUCGGCCUGGUUAUUCCGCAGUUUGUUUAG